AUGGGCGAGAGAGGGGGGAGAGCCAAGACAAAGGGGAGCGAGGGGCAAGAGCCAAGAAAGAGGGGAACAAAGAGCGAAGGGCAAGAGCAAGGGGAGCGAGGGGAGCAAGGGGAGCGAGGGGAGAAAGGAGCAGGAAUGAGGAGCGAGGGCAAGGUGGCGAAAGCCAUGAGCAAGAGGAGCGAGAGCAGCGAGAUCCAAGAAGGAGCAAGAGCCGAGAGCAAGGAGUGCGUGAGGAGCAAGAGACGGGGGAGCGAGAGUGAGGGGAGCAAGAACUGUGUGCAAAGGGAACAAGAGCCUUGUGACCGGUACCUCCUGCUCCUGACCCCUGAUAAUAUGCGAGGAGCGAGAGAGAUGGGAGGGUUGCAAGAGGGGAGCGAGGGGCAAGGGGGAAGAGCGGGGGGGGCAAAGAGGGAGAGACAAGAGGAAGGGGUGCAAGGAGCAAGAGGCAAGAGAGGAAAGGAAGGAGCAAGGGGGUGGGGCGAGAGAGAAGGGAGCGAGGGCAAGAGCAUGGG